GGUGAUGGCACUAAUGGUGAUGGUUUACCAAACUGUCUUGAAGCACUAGCUAGUAAGCAGUUUGUUUUCCAGAUACGUGUCACGCCAUUCAACUUCACACCCAACCAUCGCACUUUCACGGUGUCAAGAAUCUCAGCAGAAUCCACAAUUGAAGAUGGCUCGGAGGAUGAAAAGAACUCUCCAACCCUCACAACCGAAAACAAUACAGAAGGACCAACAACUACGCACACUGUUGUGGUUGACACAACCCAACUCGACAUGAAUUCAGACCCACCAACAAGCUCCAGCGUGGGGGCCCUGUGUGAGAAAGAGAAGAAUCGAAAACGCCUGCGUGAGUAG